UGCGCGCGGCAACAGCAACAGCUAGGAUGCUGCGAUAUCUCCGGCAGCCAAAGAUCGCUGUGGCUGCAGGGAUUCGGCUGCUGGACUGAAAAAAACCCUCACUCUCGUGUUUUUGGUAGAUGUCAAAUCCGCCGCACGGACACACGGAGGCUUCGGGCUCCUGUCGAAUCUGCGGCCGGGUCCGGGUUAGAGGAGAGACGCUGCACCGCGCUAAUGCGUUAGCUAACUGGAAAGGGAGAAGGGGGGGAAAAAUCACAGUUUAAUCGCUAAUGGGGGGGAAUUAAAUAGCCGCACGGGCAGAUAUGUGGCGACUGGCGGCGGCUCCAGUUGAAUGAGGAUGGAAAGAUUUUUUCCGGGCGACGCUAUCGUUGAAGUUUCACGUCGGACACAUCGCACCCGGAGCCGCUAUCUUCAGAGGGUAACCUGGAUAACCUUACACGCGACAUGUCAUAGCGCGUAAGCGGCUAGCACGGAGCUAGCUCGGCUCGGACGGGGAUGGAGACGGACCCAAUGUUCCCAUCGGUAUCCUCCGACCACGGGCGGCUGCUGCAUGGAUAGCUGAGGAACAGGACUUUUCUCCCGGAGAUGCUCUAGCCUCCCCGGGUGGUGUAAUUCACUCCUUACGUAACAGCUCCGGCUACACAUCACCGACCGGCUUGUGUUGGCGAAGCGAAAGGGAAAAUUCGCCUCCUAAAACCUCCACAUCAGCAUAAGAGGAGAAAGAAGAGAGGGGGGGUGCAGUGCGUGUUUUCAGGCUGCAAAUAGACUCGCUGGGGUUCACAGUUCUGCGUGAGUGCAACCAUUCUGUGCUUUGAGAAACUAGCAGCUCGCCGUCCAGUGUGCGUGUGUGUGUCGCUGUGGACACCAUGAGGAAGUUCUUCGAUUCCCGUCGGGAGUUGGUCAGCUCCGGGCCUGGCUCCGGGGGAGGAGGCGGCGGCGGCUCCGGGUCCAGUCACGCAGGCGGAAAUUUCAUUGGACGAGCCUUCACCGUCGGGCGACACCAAGUCACCGUGGAGGAGACUGUGGCUGAAGGUGGUUUUGCGAUUGUGUUCCUCGUGCGAACAAAUCAAGGGGUGCGUUGUGCCCUGAAGAGGAUGUAUGUCAACAAUGAGCAUGAUCUGCAGGUGUGCAAACUCGAGAUUCAAAUAAUGAAAGACCUUGUCGGUAACAAGAAUAUUGUUGGUUAUCUGGACUCCAAUAUCACUGCUAUGGGAUCAAGGGAUGUAUGGGAGGUUCUCAUACUUAUGGACUAUUGCAAAGGAGGGCAGGUGGUCAAUUUGAUGAAUCAGAGGCUGCAGACCGGCUUCACCGAGGUCGAGGUGCUGCAGAUCUUCUGUGACACGUGCGAUGCCGUUUCUCGUCUGCACCAGCGCAAGUCACCCAUCAUCCACAGAGACCUUAAGGUGGAGAACAUCCUCCUGCACGACAAGGGUCAUUAUGUGCUGUGUGACUUCGGCAGUGCCACCAACAAGUUCCAGAGUCCGCAGACCGAAGGAGUUGCCACAGUGGAGGAAGAGAUCAAAAAAUACACCACUUUAUCAUAUCGUGCCCCUGAAAUGGUUAACCUGUACAACAACAAGAUUAUCACCACAAAAGCAGAUGUCUGGGCACUGGGUUGUUUGCUGUACAAGCUGUGCUUCUUCACUCUGCCCUUUGGUGAAAGCCAGGUGGCCAUCUGUGAUGGCAGCUUCACCAUUCCAGAUAACUCUCGCUACUCUUACGAUCUUCACUGCCUCAUUAGAUACAUGCUGGAGCCAGACCCAGACAAAAGACCAGAUAUCUACCAGGUGUCCUUCUUUGCUUUUAAACUAGCUCAGCGGACCUGCCCUGUUCAGAAUGUGAAGAAUUCUCAAAUUCCCGCUAAACUUCCUGAGCCAAUCAAAGCGAGUGAGGCUGCGGCAGCAAAGAAGAACCAGGCUAAGCCCAGGCAAGCACUGACGGAUCCUGUUCCCACCACUGAAACCUCCAUCACCCCUCGCCAGAGGCCCAAAGCAGCCCACACCCAGCCUGCUGCAGGCAUUCUACCCAUCCAGCCUGCUGCUCUCACCCCGCGCAAACGGGCUAAUAUCCCUGUUGGUGCAGCUCAGCCCGUUGGAGUUAGCUUAAGCCUCUCUCAGCCCGCUGCAGCUCUGCAGUCACAGAAGGUGCAGACUUCUGCUCUGCCACUCAUCCAGUCGCAAAACAAUUCCGGUCCGGCUGUGGCCCUGCAGAAACAGGUCGUGCUACCAGCCGCAGCUACAGGAGCAGAGACUCCCCCAGUAGCAGUAGUAUCACCGGUGACCAAGAGUGACGUCCAACCUCAAGCUCAGCCAACAGUCCAGCAGCAGACCACACCUCCCUCUGUGGUCAGCUCCUCCUCCCAGCAGGCAGCAGUGACUCCAUCCAGCCCGGCCCCGCCUCAGCGUCCAGCCCGACGCAAGCAGGGUAGCCAGCCUCAGCAGCCAGCGGCUCAGCCUUCGCCCAGCAAACCGGCCUCUGCUCAGCCACCUGCAUCUCAGCCAUCCGCUGCCUCCACUGAGAUCAGCCAAAAAUCAGCUGAGACAACUCCACCUGCUUCUCCAAAGACAACUGAAGAGCGAGGGCACCAACGUGUCCCGAGUGACGCCACAGCGAGUAGCAUCGCUGCAGUUCCAGUUACUGACUCUCAGCAGCUGCAGGGAGUUAAUGGAGAUGCUGCUCUUAACCUAUCACUUACAUCUCAACCAAGCAACACCCAGCAUGUUCAACAAGGGGCUGGAGACACAGUCCAGGACCAGAGCAAAGCUGGACCCACUGCUCCUGCCUCUGGCAGCGCAAUCAUCACUCCGACACAGGCGACUUGGAACCCCUUUGACGAUGACAACUUCUCCAACAACUUCUCCAUCCUCACUGCUGAGGAAUUCAAAUCGGAAGACAAAAAGCCCAAUGACCUACCUUCGGAAACUGAGACAUCAUAUUCUGAAGAGUUGAUACCAGGCCUGCAGGCCUUGACUGUGGAAAACGAAUCCCAAGAAACAAUUGAAAGACCGUCAGCCAUCGUAGAUUCAGGAGCUUUGCUGUUGGCUGUACCAGAUCCUUUCUGUUCCCUGGAGCUGUUGGAUGCACCAGAGAAGCUGAUUGAAGGACUCAAAUCUCCCGACACAUCUUCACUCCUGCUGCCUGACCUCUUGUCAUUGUCGGAUCCCUUCGGUGGCUCUGUGGAAGAGUCUGCGAAAGACUCCCUCACUGCAGACGACUCUCUCCUGGGCUGCUCCCUGAUCUCUGCUCCGUCCGCCCCCCCAGCAGCGAGCAGCACCACCUCCUCCGUAUCCUCAGCCCCCAGCUCCGCUGCCUCUGCUCUGGAUGAUUUCAGUCUGUUGUCUGGAGACUCCAUGCAGCCUAAAGCAGACUCGUCUCUCCUGAUCUCGGACUUUGAGCCCCAGCAAGCAAGCGGAGAGGUCGGCACGGAGGAUGAGUUUGAUCCUAUUCCCGUCAUAGGGCGUAAGAACUCCCAAGUUUCAGGAGGCCACUCGCGCAGUAACAGUGGCGGCUCUGAAUCCAGCCUGCCCAGCCUGGCCCGCUCCCUGCUGCUGGUGGACCAGCUCAUCGACUUGUAGACGGCCCCCUCCCCCCCUCCAAGUAGAAGCUGUAACACUGGACUGGCAUAGCAUAACUGCAAUCAACACUGUUGUCAUAGCUAGCUUCCUGCACCCCUGGCUGCCAUCAUCAUUGUAGCUCCUACAGUAGAAGCCUCCUCUGCCUUUUAGUGCUUCUUCACUCCCGCCCUCUCCGCCGUAUCGACUUCAUUAUCUGGCUUCUCCUCACCUCUUAUCUCUCACCCUCUCACUCACAUUUUCUCUUUGUCGUAGUCUCCGUGCAUCGUGUAUUGUCCGUUGGCUCAAUACACUAACAUCAUCCUUUCUAAAGAUUAACCACCGCAUCUCUCUGUCAAUCAGGAUAUGAUAUUGCUAUCCAGUUUGUUUGAACAAUAUUGCAUUGUGUCUAAUAGCAAACAAUAGAAGAUCAUUGUUGUAAUGUACAAUAGGCCUAGUUCUAAGUGGUUGUAGUUAUUAUCGUGCACAAGUGAAUUUGUCGUUGUUCGGCUUUCUAAGUUCCUCCUCCCCAGGUUUAUUUGCACAUUUAAAAGUAAAACCAUGGAAAAGUGAAAUGAUAGUUAGUUCAAAUAGGGUCAGUUUGUCUCUUCUACAAAGGGACGCCUGUUUGAAAAGUGUCAUGUAGCCUGAUUUGCACAGUAGCAGGAGUGUUGCCUCCGUCAGCCUCGGCUGCUGGAGGGAAUAUCUUUUAACAGUUUAAAGCUGCUAUCGAUUAGACUGAAACGUCCAAUGAUAUUGUGUCACAAUCUGGAAACAAACAGCCAUAAUCCCUCAUUCUGCCUCUCCUUCAGCUUCUGCGGCACAAGCACCGUACAAAGUUAUUGUGAUGUGGAGAAAAGCAGGACACAAAAACAGUGAAGUGCCAUAAAAUAAUCUAUGAAGUAAACUGACUAAGCUGAAUGGAUGAGUCCUUGAAGUGUACAAUAUCUGCUUAGAUCUAACUAUAACUACAGUAAAAAGAAAUAUCUUGCACAUUAUGUUAUCAAUUCAAGGUGAACCUGUUUUCAAGACAAAGUGCUUCACCUUCAUUUUAUCCUUGAGGCAAGUGAUAAGUUGCUUUGGAAUUAAAUGACAAAUCAUUGGUCAUUUAACAGUGUUUAUAGCAGGGUGCCAUACCGACAAAACAAAUGCAUGAAAUCAUGAAAAAAAACUUGAAUAAUCAACUAUGAUAGAAAAACGUAGAAAUAAACUAAGUAGAAACAACUAUUCAGGUAAUUUGUGGCACUGACAGAAACGACACAAUGUGGCAUUUUCACUCAUUCACAUUUUUUAAAUAUCAGCUGAAACACGAAUUCCGCAUCAUGCAAUCCUUCCUACAUUCCUGCCGUUUGUUCACUCAUAACUUGUGUAAAUAGAAAACUGGACCCCUGCAGGCUCUUAUCCAGACCAUAGAGUUGGUUCUUCUUCCCAUGUAUAUAUGAAGUCAUUGUCAUAAAGCUUUACUUGUGGAAAACAUAUUGCUUUACAUGUUAAAUCUGUCAUCCAUAUAUAUAUAUAUAUAUAUAUAUGGUGAUUGAUUGAAAUUUGAUUGAUUGAUUGACAUUGUUUUCCUGUUAAUAAAUGUUAAUAUGACUAGAGUGUUAGAGAAUGAAUGUAAGAAAUAAAUAUUAGUCUAUAAUGAAAAAAAUAUAUAUAAUUCUUAACACCAUAAUCACUGAAUAAUAUGGAAGAAUACUCAUUCCUCUUUGUGGGAUUGUUUUUCUUGGUUCUAUCUACUCAAUAACUGUCGGUACAUUGAACUGUAUAGAUGAUAAUCCUAGUCUUUGUUAGACUUGAGAGAUUAGGCUGAAUCCCAUGUCUUAUUCCACCUUUGUGAAACGAAAGUGAGCCUGUGUUCCGUUUGUUUACAUGGACUGAUGAAGGAUUAUAUUUUUAUUGAACACGGUCGACAGUUUUUCUGACGAGCGGGAGCUCAAACUCUUGAAUCUUAGUCCUGUUUCAUGUCUUCGCUUAAACUAGAACUUUUUCUUUUUUCUGAAGUUGUGCUUUGUAAAGCUUUGUUUUUCGCUUUACCGGGUUUUAGUGAUCACAGACGUCAUAUCGAAAAAACGCAUGGCAGUGUUGUUGAAUGUUACGUUCACGUGUGUUGGUGGUUCUACAGUGUUCUGAUAAGUAUGUAUGUGUGUAUGUGUGCGUGGAGUCGGACUUGUUGGAUGUGUUUUCCAGUAGCCUACUUGUGUUGUUGUUUGCUGCGAACAUGGCGACAGUCCCGUUGUCAUUAAAGUCUCUUCUGAAAGCACAGCCCCCUCCUCCUAAAUUCUCUCAGGUCGUCAGAGCUCCAUGACUCUCUCUGAGGGUUGGACACGUAUUGGCUUACCGCUCGCCCCAGUCUCUCUGUCCUCCGGACGUCUGCGCUCCAUAUUACAGCUUCAAGAAUUUGUCGGAUUUGUAACGUGUGAGGGGCUCUGUGAAGGGGAAAUCGGCCAGUUUCACAGUGACCACAGGACACUGUUGCUGCUGUGGUUUGAUUAUCUGACGGCAUCAAAUCAGCCGUCCAGGGUUUGAAAAUCAGCUCCAAUCAGCAAUAUAAAUGUUUCUGUAGGAUCAAACAAAGUCAUUUCACUUUCCAUGCAUGAACACAGUGCAUGAAGACCACCUCCACCUCAAUGUCAAUACUAGAAAAUGAUAUCAAGUAGAAUAUAUCCUACAUUACACAUAUGCAUCCGCUACAUCUACUUAUACUGCUCAAUUUUUGAAGUAAGAAAUCAUAUGUUUAAAAAAUCUGGAUUUAUUAUUGUAUCAUUAUUUAUAGGGUUUUAAGAUGAACAAAUCAGUCAUAUUGUGUUAAAAUGCUGAAAGAAGUCCACGGAUGCUGGUUAGAUAUAUUCCACAAAAUCCAAAUAAAUGUAAUAAAAGAAAUCACCUUAAAACUUAAAUAUUAAACCAACUAAACAAAUAUUAACGUAAUAUUAAUAUACCGAAUCUGAGAAAAGAGCUCAAGUUAUCGGGGGCAUUCAUUACUUUGAUAAUAAAAGGUAAAGAAGUUUCAUGAUAAUGACUUUAUGUAGUACAUAUUGGUGUCUUUGCAAUUUCAAUGUUAUACACUAGCCCCCAAAAUCUAAAAGAUCUUUAAAGUAGAACUGACUUUGUCCAUGUCGGUAAACGUCAAAGAUCGACCGGCGUAUUUACCAUAGGUACGGCAUGUGCAACUCACGGCUCACGUUUUUUUCCUUGAAUCGUCAUCCUCUCUAUGGUCCCUCCACUGAACAGCUCAGUCAUUCGCAGUUACUGUUUGAACCUAUGCAACUCCCGAGCUUUCUCCCUGUCGCUGCCUGUGUGCUGUUGUAAUCGGUGAAGACGAACAGGUAGUGAGAUUAGUCCUUGGUGGGAAACAGGAGCCCCUCGUCCUCUGUUGUUGUUUUUUUGGGGGUUUUUUUUGCCAAAACUGAAAUCGGAUACUCCCGAGUGUUUUUGAAACGCCUCUUGUCCGUUUGGCCCAAACCUGCGUCAGAGCUGUGGUAUCGUGUGCUCCUUCUAUUUUUGUGAGAUAAUUAAAGAAUUAUAAAGGAAUAGCAAAUAAAAUACAAAUGUGAAUGUCAA